AUGGCACUGCAGAGUGGCUGGUGCAGCUGUGGCGACAGCUUCGCCACCUCGGCUUCGUACACCAGCGUGGGCGUGGAGGAGUGCGGCUCACUCUGCGCGGGGGAGGAGCUUUUGCAGCCUCCGCGCUACUGCGGGUCUGACUGGAGGAAUGCCAUCUAUUCCCUGAAGAAGGGCAACUUCCAGCCUGGGCUUCUGGCUGAAUUCUAUACCUUCAACCAAGGCUGUACGUUCCAAGACCUGACCUACCGGACGCCGGACGAGUCUCGCGUCGAUGCAAACAUCAACUACGAGGCAACCAGGAACGCCUGGCCGGGCUUCAGCUUCACAGACCAUUUUGCCGCGAGGUGGAAUGGGUAUGUGCUGCUUGAGGCGGCUGGAAGCCACACUUUUGAGCUCGACUCGGACGAUGGCAGCCGGAUGUUUCUUGAAGGAGUCCAGGUGAUUGAUCACGAUGGCUGCCGGGUCACGGACCAAGCCACGCUGCCCAAGCAGUACACCAAGCAGAUGCGAGCGGGACAUUAUGCCAUCAGGCUGGAGCACUUCGAGAACACCUGGGAAGCGAAGAUGAUCUUUGGAUUGGACGGGGCCGUGGCGGUUCCCUCGCAGCUGCGCAGCUGGCCUGGCCUGGUGAUCCCAGGCAUCCGGGCGGACUUCUUUGCCUUUCAGCAGAGCUGCUCCUUCCAGGACUUGGAUGAGCGCAUUCCCGACGCCUCACGUGUGGACUCCCAUGUGGACUAUGGAGGUUAUGGAAAUGACACUCACGCUAUGCCAUGGAGGGGCCUUCCAUUCGCCAAUGAUUUCGCAGCUCGCUGGAGCGGAUACCUCUUGAUCACAACGGCGGGCAGCUACACCUUCCAAGUGGAAGCAGCAGAUUGCCACAGACUUUUGGUGGACGAAGUCUACUUGGUAGACAGGCCUGGAUGCCACCCACUGGAAAUCAAUAACGGGAGCAUCGCCUUGAUGCAGGGCUUCCACCGCGUGACGCUGGAGUACUUUGAGAGGUCUGGAGCUUCCAGUGUGCGCUUGAGCUACAUGGGCCCAGACUCGCUGGAGAUGCAGGUCGUGCCACCGGAGGUGUGGUGGAGCAGUGCGGGCACGCUGCAGGUAGGCACCAACACCAAGUUCUACGUGACUACUCAAAGCUGCUCAAGCUUCACUGACUUGACUGACCUGAUUCCAGACGUGCUUCGUUUUGAUUCGGAGAUCAACUAUGCAUCCACCACAUCAGCCUGGACUGGCUUGUCUUUUGCUGACCACUUUGCGGUGAGCUGGACAGGUUUCAUCAUCAUCACCCUCCCGGGCCUUUACACCUUCCAGGUGGAGGUGGAGGACGGCGCCCGAUUGUUCCUGGACGGCGUGUUACUGGCCUCGUCGCCGUCCUGCGGCGCACAGACGCUGACGGCCUCGGUCGAAGUGGUGCAGGGCUACCACUACUACCGGUUGGAGUACUUCGAGGUGACUGGGAGCGCAGCUGCCAUUUGGAGCUAUCAAGGGCCAGACACCAGCGACAUGAUGGUGGUCGUGCCUAGCACUGUGCUGCGCUACUCGCCUGACACCCUGGUGCCUUACGAGGGCCAGGUGCAGCUGAGAGGCACCACGAGGGGCCGCCUGGAGAUCUACCACAACCACCAGUGGGGCACUGUAUGCGACGACAACUUCGACGACGUGGAUGCCUUGGUGGCAUGCCGUCAGCUGGGCUUCACGACUGGCAGAUCGCUGGGCAAUGCGGUUCCAGAAGGCGCAGGACCCAUCUGGAUGGAUGAGGUGACCUGUUUGGGGAACGAGACGAGGCUGGAUCAGUGCAGUUUUCAGAACUGGGGCGAGCACGAUUGCGGCCACUCCGAAGACGUUGGCGUGGACUGCACCGAGGAUGCGACGCUGCCGGUGGAAGGGGAUCUACGGCUGUCAGGUGGGAGCCACGGCAGGCUCGAUGUAUACCACCUGAGCACCUGGGGCACCGUGUGCAGCGACGGUUUCAUGGAAGAAGACGCACGAGUGGUGUGCCGGCAGCUGGGCUAUUGCUGCGGCAUCAUCUCGACAAGCGCAGACGUGGGAACAGGACCGAUUUGGCUAUCCAAUCCUCAAUGCAUCGGCUUCGAGCAGCGCCUGGAUCAAUGCUCGGGGAUCACAUGGGGCAAUAGCUCCUGCACCAGGAGCCAGGAUGUGGCGAUCGACUGCUUGGACGGAGCCACCUGCUUGGCCAGAGGUGUGCGCAUGUAUUCAACUGGAGACACAGGCCUCCAGGUGUACAUAUCUGGCGUCAUGGCAGUGACGCCUACCGAGUCUUUGCCAGUCCUCGCAAAGUUUCUGCUGACCUGUCCAAGUGGCUGCUCCAAUGAGUCCUCGGUGUUCCUGGCCCAAGCCUGCGACGCAGAGGUGAACGGCACACGCACAGAUGCGAUGACGCUGGAGCCAGCUGCUGGCUCUGAUCUUUGGUCGAGCGUCUUGGACCUCUCCAUGCUCCCAUUGGGGAGGUACUUCAGACUCUGCGUGGACACCGACGGCGGCGGCGGUUUGCGUGUGGGCGAUGGAGGCCACGAGGUCUACUUGCAGCUCCUCUCUGUGCAGACCGCAGUUGUGCUGGCAGCUCCACUUCAGAGGAUUGACGUGACAGCCCAAGAUGUGAACAACUCUGUGUUCGAGAUGUUCCUAAGCACCGUGGACUGUGGACUUGAGCCGGACCUUGAACAGCCGCCACCGGUGAAGAGGACUCUGUCAGGCGUGCCAACCUGGACGGACGGCUUGUCCUGGGCUUUUGAGGUGGACGCGUCGGGCCUGGAGAUCGGCGCCCACGCGGUGCUCUGCGAAGACUUCGACGCCGCCGGGCCGCGGCUGCCGGGCCCCGCGGCGGGGCCUCGGGUGUAUGUCUCUGGCGCGGUCCGCUGCCAAGUCGCAAAGCUUGCCGCUGGCUCUUGA